GACGCCAGUGACCUCUCUGGGCCGAUACAAAGUAACGGCACGGCCGGGAAGAUGAACGGGGCGCUGGAGCAUUCGGACCAGCCAGACCCGGACGCCAUCAAGAUGUUUGUGGGUCAGAUCCCGCGCUCCUGGUCGGAGAAGGAGCUGAAGGAGCUGUUUGAGCCGUACGGCGCCGUCUACCAGAUCAACAUACUCCGAGACCGCAGCCAGAACCCUCCACAGAGCAAAGGCUGCUGUUUUGUCACGUUUUACACAAGGAAAGCUGCCCUUGAAGCCCAGAAUGCACUGCACAACAUAAAGACCUUAACAGGGAUGCACCACCCAAUUCAGAUGAAACCUGCAGACAGUGAGAAAUCUAACGCGGUGGAAGACAGGAAGUUGUUCAUCGGCAUGGUGUCAAAGAAGUGCAACGAGAACGACAUCCGGGUCAUGUUCUCUGCGUUCGGACAGAUCGAGGAGUGCCGGAUCCUCAGAGGGCCUGACGGACUCAGCAGAGGAUGUGCGUUUGUCACGUUUUCCACCAGAGCUAUGGCACAGAAUGCAAUCAAAGCCAUGCACCAGUCUCAGACUAUGGAGGUACUGUACUCUCGCCCUUUCUUUCUACUCUCUCUCUCUUUGUCUCUUUUUAAAACAUUCACUUCACUCCUUUAA